ACCUGGCUCGCCUUCAUCAAUCAGGACACCAGGGGUCCCGACACAAGGGCGCAGCCCCUAUCUCCUGUGUCCUCGCAGCUCUGUUCCAGGCACCCCACGCGCCCGCCGAGGGCCCACCAGGCCCUAGCCCUGGAAGCCUUCCGGUGCCUGGCCUUGGGCCACGCCAGCCGCCUGUGGGAGGAGUUACGGCAGUUCUGGGCCGACCACUUCUCGCGGCGCUUUUCGCCGCGGCGUCCGCCGCUACGCCGCAUCUCCUCCAUGUCCACCUUCUACUUGCUGGACCACCGCACGCGCCAGGCCGAGCUGGGCCUCAACUACGGCGCGCCGCGGACACGUCUCAGCGACGAGGCCUUCGUGUUCCGCGACGGCCGCUGGACUGCCGAGGGCCCGGCAGGGCGGUCUAGGCCGCCGCCGCUCUCGCCUACCAUCUCGGGCCGGAAUGCACAAGGGCAGCGCGUCAAGAGCCAAGUGCUGCUGGAGGAGAACAACUACCUGAAGCUGCAGCAGGAGCUGCUCAUGGACAUGCUGACGGAAACCACCGCGCGCAUGCACCUGAUGGAAAAUCAAAACAGCGAGACCAGCACGGCUGACUCGGUGCGCGUCUGGCGGACUGAGCAGGCGCGACGGCGCGGACGGCGUGCCCACGCUGGAGCCGCGGUGACGCAAUAAAGUCCGUGCGGCGCUCGCGCGCCUCUUGCCUUUGCGCGCGCCUGGAGCCUUGAUGGUGCCCGGCGCAGAGGGGGCGGGGUCGCGCUCCCGCGGGAACCUUACCCUGGUUCCUGGUGUGGAAAGAUGGCUUAGCCGGCAGCCCGUCUGGGGAGGGGGCGAUAGGGCCGUGGAGUAGGGUUGUGUGCGGCCCGCUAGGAACACAGAGUGGGAGCUAGGCUUGCAGCAGGCAGUGCCGCCGGCGGGGGAUGGCAGGGGUGGCAGGCAAUGGCAUUCUUGGCCCAGGAGACGUAGGGUGAAGUCCUGGAGGCAGCGAAACCUUGGGCGCUCAAGGAUGGAGGGUGCGGUGAGGCGAGGCAGGCUGGGUGGAUCGGGGACCUUGCACUUGGCCCUCCCAGCCUUGAGGUGCUCGUGGGAGGGGUUUCAGCUUGAGUCCAGGGUAAGUGUGUUUUAGGACCAGGAAACUGUUCCCCUAAAGCAGCUUUCUGGAGACUUUGGGCUCUGCUUCCCCCACCUGGCUGGCUUUUGGCGAGUUGCGUCUCUGCUGCAGGCCUCCUUCUAAUGUGGAAUGAGGGGAGUCCGCCCGGCCCAGGGUAUAAUCCUCUACAGAUAGGAUUUGCCCGACCUACGCUAUUUUAAAAUUCUGCGUUAGUUGCCAGCAUUUAAGAAUUUGGAGUAUUUCACACAAAAAAAUCUAGAUUUUCUGUGUUCUCCAGAGAAAGAAGACUUGGCCACCCUGGACCAGCAUUCUACCCAGCAGCAUUUCCCUUGAUCUGAAUUGUGGCUGUCACCGCCUAGUCAGCUUCACCCCUCUUUCCCCCUAUCGGAGGCUGAUUUGGGUGUCGCUCUAGUUGGGUAUUCUCUCGCAGGACAUGGGAGAGUCCACUCCUCCAAUACACGCAUACACACAAGGUGUUACAUAAGGUGCAACGGGGGUGAGGGGGGCGUAUUAUACUUGUGAGUGAUGUAGUUGCACAACAUCACUCAAAAGGUGAUGGAUGACACUGGCCCUUGUGACCUGCAACCCUUUCCCCUGGAAUGUAGACAGGCCAUUUAGGCAUCCACCAGAAACUUGAGUCCGUAGAACUCUGAACCGUUUCCCUAGGGCCAUAUGAAACCUGUGAGAGAAGUGGGUAUCCUGCCUCAGCCUAACUUGCUUUCAGAAAUGGGUUAGGGGUUAUGAAACCACUUCUUUGUAUUGUCAACUGAAAGUUGAAGUUUAUAGGUGUCAGUUCAACAACAGGAAGCCCCAAUUUGGAGUAUGGUGAAGGGGAAUUUAUUCAGUGAAAAGAGCUCAGUCAUGAAACAGCUCAGAUGUGGAACAGCAUGGCUGUGAGACAGCCAGGGCAAGGAGGCCUGUGUUUCAGUUUCAGCUCAGCUCUGGUGCUCCAGCCCACUGGCUGAAAUACAAUUCCAGGAACCCCUUUGGAAGAACUGUCUCAGCCAUUCGGAACACAGUAGGCAGGCAGUGCAGUGCAGCCUUCUCCCUGAAGCACAGAGAGCAUGAGAGGCCCCCGUUUAGCAAUGACUGUUAAACUUUAUAAAUUGGUGCUCAGUUAACCACCAGGAGUCCUUAACAGGCACAACAUUCUCGGGGUCCACAGUAUAAAAAUGUGACCUGAUGAAAUUAGCAAAACGUCAUUAGACACUAAGCUUAAAAACAUUUUUUUGAACAGUGCUCUUGUAUUUUAAUUCUGUAUAUUAAUAUAGAUUAAAUAAAAUAUUUAAAGUAGUU